AUACUCGCUAUUUUAUUCCCGAUAUUUGGAUCUUGCACGCUGUUGUUGUUUUUGGUAAACGCGCUUAAAUUUGGUAACCCUUAAAGUCUAUGCGGUAUUAUUUAAACUUACGCGUCAGUAAUAAGUUUAAACUAAAGGAAAUACAGAAAUUCAAUUGCGCCACUUUGUGAAAAUAAAUCCAUCAAGCUACAAUAAAUACAUUUAUUGUAUACACAUAAAUUUUUGUUAUACACAUAAAAUACCAUCCACACAGCUGCUGCUAGAGCAGACAGCCUGGCGUCUACAUAACGGAAACUAUUUGCCAGACAGCCUGUCGCCCGCGUUUUUUUCUUCAUAUUCUGACAUUAUUAUUGUGCGUCGUGUGAAUGCAGUGCAAGUGCAAUUUUAUUAUAACGUUGUUAAAUAUGGCCGACGCUGAGAAUCAACGAUUGAACAACAAUUUGCAAGCAAUAAAUUCGGAACUGUACAGUUUGCUUGAUGGCAAGGAAUCUUACUCAACGUCACGCGCAAAUCGCAAUCGUAGCGGCUUUGGCGGUGUUUUGCAAGAAUUGAAUUGCAAUUUAAAUCAAUUAACAUUAAAUCCAGAUCCUGAGGCACCUCAGUUUGAAUUCCAUGGUUAUGGCUGCAUUGAGAAUACGAAUUUGAUGGCAAAGCGCGCGGUUCUUGAAGACCGCUACAAAAAGUCGCAAAAUAUGAUAAGCGGUCAAGGUCAUUUGGUUUCGCGCCAGAAGCAAUUGCAGUUACAAAGGGAGAACAUAUGGAACAAAGAGAAAUGCAAAGAUUCGAGCUUUAAUGAACUGCCCGCCACAGUAGCUCAAACAAAUAUCUCUGGAGAAGCUGCAGUUAUGCGUUUGCUGGACUUAUUCAAAUCUAUGCAUGAGCAUAUAGGCGCUUAUCUGCCCUCUUAUCAGCGUAAUUCACAUCCAUCGGACUAUCUGUUUGAAGCGCCCAGAAAGUCAACGAUGCCCAAGAGCUUGAACGUGCGACAUCAUGUACAGGUGAUCUGCACCAAAGUGGAGCGUUUCAUAGAGCGACUGCGUCGCACUUUGGAAGCCAAUCGUUGUUUGGACUUUAACAAAUACACAGAGUGCGAUAAUCAGUUGAUUCUCGUACGCAGUUAUGUGGAUACUCUCAAACAGUUUUCAUUUAUCGAGAUGCGUCAUCAUGGUCUUAAGUUUGUAUCGCAGGAAGCUGAGGAAAAUGCCAAAAAAUUAUCAAUUUUGUUGCUGCAGUUACGCGAACACAUAAAGUCUGCGCAUCUUUUUGUACACGUGUUCAACUGGGAAAUGGAUCUGGAGCAUCGCUACUCAGCUGCCAUGACCGAAAGUCUGGAAGCUACUAACAAACAUGCCUUAAUGUUGGCAGCCAAAGAGCUGAAGGCCUGCGAGCCUAAAACGCGCAGCUACGAGGAACACAUUAUGGCUGAUCUAUAUAAACUAGACAACAUUAUCAGCUGUAGCGAACAGCAUGAGGAAGAAUUGGAUCUACUACUGCAAUCACCAGCAAGCGUUUUUCCACCAGAGAUUAUUGCGCUUUGCGAGCUACCACGUAACUACCGCAAGUUGCCUUUGAGAUCAACUGUGGGUGUCGAUGAGACUGAAAUGGAAUUGUCAUUCAAUGCUGAGCUGCUUGAGCUGCCACCUUCAUCACCACCUAGAACUAUUCGUCGCAGUCAUAGACCACUGUGUAAUAGAAGUUAGACGCGCAUACAAUGUUUGAGUCUAAUGUAAUUGAAAUUUUAGAAAAUGGAAAGUUGUUUGGAAAUGAUUUGUGAGCUGCAAGCAUGAAAUAAGCUGCAAUUUUAAUUUUACUUACUUAAUAUACCCAUAUAUAGCAAUAAAUUCUUAUAUUAAUCCAUGUAUGUAAAUGACUUUCAAAGCGUUGCUUCCAAAGUGCACAAGAGAUUAUGAAUAUUAUAAAACCGGAAAGGUAAUAAAAUUUAAUUAGACUACAUGAGAAUUGUUAAAACCUUUUCAUUUGAUUUAAC